GUCGAUCAUUGACUCUGCGCUCAUCCUAUCAGACCCGCUGUUCCGGGUUCGAUUGCUUUGGUCUGUUUGACUUAUUUCAUGAAGAGGAGCCAUACAGAAACAUCCAAAAGCUUAUCGCGUCCCUGUCACAACAAAGGUGUGGCCUCCAGCUCAGCCCUGCAUUGCCAUGGAUGCCUGUGCCCGGAUCAAGGGUGUUCCACUCAAGAACCGUGCCAGCAUCAGGAAAGAGACCAUCCGUGAGAGUUCAGCCCUGUCCCUGAGGAGCCUUUUAAAGAACAGGAAAGAGCUGAGCAAUGUGGUGCCAGAGCAGCGCACUAGAGAGUCACAGUGUCUGCAACAAAUACAUUUCAUAUGCUUACCGAGUUCCACUGCAGGGGAGGAUUUCACACUACAGGCUGUGAUCUCUCUCUCUGCUGAAUUGGUGGAGUUGUUACGAUCCCUACAUGUACAAACUCUCAAAGAUGAAGAAGUGCUGCUCAUCAAAGAUCCAAAGCGAACCUUCGACAGAAAAGACAGAGUCUCUCAGACCAACUUAUCAUCCAGAGCCAUGUGCAUACUGAGACAUGGCAGCCCUCAACAGAUCAGUGUUUGUACUAUGCUGGGGCUACUGAGCCGUUAUACUGCAGGGAUCAGAUACGCUCUGGAGGUACAGUCUCUUCAGAGGGGCAUAUCAGAGUCAUGUCAAGCUGAGGAUGAUGACACCAAUCAAUCUGUCUCUUCUAUCGAGGAAGAUUUUGUCACAGCUUUUGAACAUUUGGAAGAGGAGGAGACAGUUGCAUAUAAGAGGAACCAGAGAGACGUGGCCUCCCAAACUCUCCCCUCACAUUUCAAAGAUUUAUCUGGGUCUCGUAUCAUCAUUAGUUCUGUCUCCAAGAAGACUAAGAGUAGACAGAAGUCAACUUGUGAUGUGACAGGAUUAGUACAGAAGUCACCAACAACAUUGUCUAUGGAUACAGAGAACGAUUGGAACUUAUCCACACAGAGUAACCUUCCACAAAGUCGUGUUACCUCGACAUCAUUCACAGAAUCUGAUGAUUCAGACUGCUCUAGUCCAAGUCCCAUUAUUUUUUUGGACGAGGUUGGUUAUCAGAAGAGUCUAAAAGCAAAGCUUGACAUUCCAAAGAUCCCUGUUCUUAAAGAGGGUGUAGAAGAUUCAGACUCUGAAGUGUGUGAGUUUUUUGAUAGUUUUGAUCAAUUCGAUGAUCUUGAUCAGUGUUUUGAUUCGACUAUGAAGGUGCCAAAAGAACAGGUUCUCUUUACCCAGAAAAAAAAAAAGACUGACAGCUCUGAUAGUAAAUCAGAUUCAAAAAGUGGCUCAACAGCAAUGAACCCUCACAAGUUUGACCACAGGACUCUUCCAGCCAAUAUCAGGAAGCCCACUCCACUUAAACCAGGAUCUCCGUAUAGUAUACACUCCGACACUCCAGAUUCUCCACGACCAGUGAGGACAUCCUGUGAGGAGAGCGGAGGAAUCUUCAGCCCGGUUCACUCAUCCGCAUUUAGUCCUCUGGGAGACGGAGGAGCCUUGGAGUGUUUUUGGAAACCAGAUGGAGAUGUAGCAGAAUUGCCCAAACCACAGGACCUUUGUUCACUUUAUAAAACCUAUUCUGAUUUUGCAAACAAUCUCUCGAAAGAAAUUCUUGGAACUGUUUGUGGGUACUCUUCUCCUGUUGACAUUAACAUUAACAAGAACUUGAGUUGUGUGUGCCAUAAAGAAUUCAAAAACACUAGCGGACAUUUGAUGAAACUGUCUGAUAUUCAGGAGACAGUCACUAUUGCCAAAUCACACUCGCAGUCUCUGAAGGAUGGGAUUCAGAAGUUUGCCACAGACCUGGUUGAAAUGAGCAUUGGCAGUGCCUUAAGAGAUUUACAGAAAGGAGUUUCGUCCUGUACCACAACACUUUGCCAUUUAGCUGCUAGGCUAACCUCCUCAGUGUUUCAUAUGGCCUUUCAAGAGAUUGGAAUGCGCCAUGCAUAUGUGUUAAAAGAGCGUGCCAUAAAUGGAUUGGCUGGUUUCCUUGUUGGGGAAGCAGUCUCUGGAGCUCUAAAAGAGUUUCUGUUUGUGAAAAAGCAGAUUUUUAACAACACUGUCACCAGAUUUGCAGCUGAUCUUGCCGAGGAAUUAGUAUUUGAGGGAAUUAUGGAGGUCUGCCAGUUCUCACAUCCUUCUACUCCACUUACCCCAAAGGACUGGUCUUUUGAGCAAGAAGAGGAAGUAGUUUGUUCUUAUGCUUCAGAUCUUUCUGAGUCCGUUCUUCAAGAAGCCUUCAUAGAACUGUCCCAAGCUGACGUGACUUUCACAACACAGGCAGCCAUAAGUGUGUCACUUGACAAUAUCUGCUAUGUCAGUGCUGAAGAUGCAUCUCAGACCACAAAAAUCUGCAAUGCUCAGUCAAGUUUCCAGAAUUCGCAGUCACUUAUCCAAGCUGGAAAUCAAGAAGAGGAAGAUGGCUGCACUGUAAAGAAAGCUCUGUACUGUGUUUCUGGAAUGGCCAGUUGUGUCCCUGUCCCUGCAGCUGGCAAAGCUAUAUCUUACCUGCAGAACCCAGAGGAACUGUGUCAGUAUAAGUCCAGCAUUAGUCACACUUGCCAGAGCAGCCCUAAAAGAAGCAUUUGUUCUCAAGGAAGGGCAGUAACCUCCACUUCCAACACAUCCACUGCAACAUGUUCUGAGUCAGUGUUAGGUAUUUCCAAAAUUCGUAAUGUCUGUGGGAAUUUUGGGAAUAUGUCAACAAGUGCAGUUGAAAAACCUCCAAUGGGAAAAAGUUUUGAGAAAAUGUCUGGUGCAAUGGUUGAGACAAUAGUGGGGGAAGUGUUUGAAAUUGUGCCCACAAGCAAAAUGAAGAAGAAAAUGGACGACUGUGCUGAUUUCAUAAGUAAAAACAUAGGGAGUCGGAUUGCUACAUGUACUGGUAUAGCAAAAUCCCAGGAUGUGGCUUGUCAGAGUUCACCACCUUAUAAUUUAUGCGCAUCACAGAAAAUCAUGUCUUUAUUUCCCAAGGGAGAUUUGACAGAGUCACCAUCAUGUUACUCUCAGUCACAUUUAACUUCAAAGAACAUAGAUAAAACAAUUUGUCAAACUGGCUUAGAAAAUGCAUAUAUAGUCGACAAAUCUUCACCAGAAGUCAAGUCUAUUGUGAUGAAGGAUACUUUGGAAGUGCCCAGUUUUGAGGGAGGCAUUCAUGGAGGCAGAAAAGUCAUCUCAGAAGAGAUGCUUAAUGGCAGCACUGGAAUAAAGUCCAGUGGAAGCCCUGGCACUCCUCCCUCAACUCCCCAGCAACCAUCAGACACCUCGAGUGAGAAAAAGCUUAAACAGUUUUCCAAGAAGCUGAAGGGUAAACUUGCGAAGGAAUUUUCCCCUGCAACACCACCACCCACCCCACAUUACGAACCAACUCCAGGACUGGAAGAGAGCUCCGAUUCAGAGAAAGAGGAAUUCAUGCUUAGGCUCAUGAGGUCACUUUCUGAAGAAGCUGUCAGCAACGAAGAUGAUGUUGAGCAGGAAGAUGGUUUUAACUCUGUGACCCAUAACACAGAGCAAAGUUCCACUGUGGGAAAUAAAAUGAUUGAGAGAGGGGCUCUGCAUUAUGCUGAGCGUUUGGCAUGCCAUAUUGUUUCCAUGGCAACUGAGAUGGACACUUUAACCGUUGGUGAUGUAAGUAAGUCAGAGAAUGAAGAAGGCAAUGGCAGCUUUGCUUUACACAGUGCACAGUUCUCGGAACAAACCUUGAAUUCAUUAUGGACAUAUGCUGGGGAAAUUGCUGGGGAAGUCAUCAGUGAUGUAAAGAGGAUGAUGCGUUCCAGCAAUUGCCUUCACAAAACAGUCAAAAGAGGAUCCUUGAAAUCCGAUAAGCAUCAGCAUGGUGACCGGAAAGACUGUCACUUUGUCAGCAAAAAUAACCAAUGGUCAAAUGUUCUCAUUGUACCAGUUUCCAAUCCUCAGUCCAACACUUGUAGAAGCUCAAGCCAAGCUGAGUACCCAAGCUGUGAAAGUGUUACUGAUGAGUAUGCAGGAUAUGUUAUCAAGGUACUUAAAAAAGAUGGAGGAAGCCGGGAACUUAUCCUGGAUCAGUAUGCCAGUCAGUUGGCUUAUAAAUCUAUCAAAUCAGGCUUAGCUCAUGCUGCACAGAAAAUAAAGCAGAAGUCCCCUUUGAGACUUAGCUCAUCCCGGCAGUCCCACCAUGACAGCAGCCGUAGCACUUUUAAGGUCCCACCAUCUGAGUCCUCUCCUGCCAUUCUUACAGGAGGACAAGAAGCGUCCUCUAGUGAGUCCAUGCUGUGUGUUUGUCAAGAUGCAGGAAACAUUGGUAGAAAGGAGUAUAUGGAACUUGUCAACUUUGCUGAGUCAUUGGCUUACAAUAUUACAUGUGACGUCACAAGAAAGCUAAGAAUGUCCUCGAUUAGGCUUCCUAAAUCGCUCACAGACUCGUGUCUCUACAGGAAGUCAAAUGUUGAAGACAUGGCUGAAAAUUUAAUCAAAUCUGCGUUUUCAUGUUCAGUGCUACCGUACACUGGGAAAAACAGGCAAUAUCAUAGCACCAGCAGCUUAGAUGAUGGAAAUUACAAUAAUGGUGUUAUGCAAGUAAUUGAGCAUUAUGCCAGGAAGAUUGUUGACGACACUUUGGAAAUGACUCUGGGGACUACAGCUCUUCAUACAGUAGAAGAGAGAAGGGCUUUGGACCGCAGCUCUUUCACCGAGAAGCUGACCGAGGCAUACAAGGCUUGCCGGUACUGUCAAGGACGAGAUUGCUCAUUUUGCAAAAAUUGUCACAUGAAGUACCAUGGAAUGCAGAGGAGAAUGCAGAAAGACUCAGUGGACACGAUGGUUGGUCUUGAAAUUCCCAAGAUCCAGAUAGAUCUGGACAAGAGGGCAGAUUUUGCUGAGGAAAUGGUAUCUGCAGCAUUUGAGAAAGCUAAGAAGGAACAUAGCAGCACCAGCUUAAAUGCAGACAGUGGGAUUGGUCACGAUGGCGCAAGCUUUGCAGAAAGCCUUACCACAGAGAUCAUGACGUCUGCAUUGUCUAACAUCUGCCAAACCAUUAACCUCAGUGCUCCUGGGAGUGAGAGUGUCAAUGUCACAGAGUCAACUGUCAGUCAGCAGCUGAAUCUAAGUGUGGGAGAUGACAGUCUUGGCAGCUGGUCUAAUCUGAGCUUUGAGGAAGACCAUCCUGAUGAAAGUAGUAGCUUCCAUCACCUAAGUGACAGCAGUAAUGGGAACAGCAGUAGCUGGAGCAGUCUGGGGUUAGAGGGCGAGGUUUAUGAAGAGCAUUUGUCCUUCUCCCCAUCAGACAGUGACUACACAGAAGGAAAGGAAGCUGAAGCCAGGAACUUCAUGGGUGGGACAGUGCGAGUGGAGAGGGGCCACACAGAAGGAGACAGGGCUCUGCUGGUGGUCAGUACAGAUGUAUGGGGGCAAGGUUCAGAUCCCCAACUGAGAACGGUGCUGCAGUGGAUGGCAGCUUCACUCACCGAGCUCCCAGUCAUGCAGUUCGGCCAGCAAUCAGAAGGAGACAUGCAGCAGUUUCUGCGUGUAGUUCAGAGGCUGAGAGAGAGAGAGUGGAGAGUGGGCGAGCUCCUUCAGGCUCUGCUUAGAUACUACGAGGAAUGUCCCAUCGAGGAGGACCCACAUGUUGAGGACGGAAGACAUGAGCACAGGUCCCUUUUCCAUUGGCUUCUUGAACACCCAUAGACCAUCACCACCCAGUGCUUACACAAGUGACUGACACGUCAGUAGUAAGUGCUAACGGCAGUUUACUGAGGUGAAGAUAUCCCUAACUUUCAAAUUCAUGUUCAACAGAGCUGCCAGUUUCGAGGUCUAACCAUGAAUCAGAUGUGUGUGUGUUUGAGUGUAUUGCAUGCCGUGACUGAAAGUAUAUUUGUUCUCAAUCUUUUGCUGUCACUUUUUUUUGUUUCAUUUUAUAUUGGAUUGCAUAUCGUACACUCAGUAUGUUAUCAUUUGCACUUUGCUCACUGUUUUGCUUUCAUGCCCUAAGCCAGUGUUAAAAACAAACAAACAGAGGGCUCGGUGACGCCAUUGCUUGUUAAGUGGAAUCCCUAGAGCUGAGAUAAACAUUAGAUCACCUCUCUUUAGGGUAAUUUACAUGAUAAAGGGACCAGCCAGCUGAACCACUACACCUCCCAUAUCCACGUUCUUGCUCACAACAUUAUUUUGUCACUUGAUGUACAAAUGAAUGACAAUAGUAAUGCACAGUAAUUAUAGGUCAAUUAUUCAGUAACACCAGGUUCACAUGCAGCUGCCCAAGAUAUCAAAAUACCAUUUCAUGGUAAAUAUUUUGACACUUUAAAAACAGCCUCCAAUGGAAAGACUCCAUUAAAAUGUAUUUUAAUAUCAAUAUAGUAAUCCCAUGUCUUUCCUUUUUCAGUGUGUCCUGUCAGACCUCAGGAUGGCACUGAAUUUAUUAAAAUGCCCUUAUGGAUAAGUAUUUAUGAUACCACAUCAUAUAUAUAUAUAAAUAUAAAUAAAUAAUCUAUUUUUUGUAUGACUAAAAAUAGUCAGAUGAUGUGGUGCACUUGGACGUUCCUUAACAUCUGAGCGCACUUAGUAAACUAAACUGUAUAAAAAAACACUGUUGCCAAAAAUUAAGGUAGACAAAAUAAAUAUUUUUUUAAGAGUACAUUUAAGUUACAUAAAUACGUAACAUUUUGAAAAGUCAGUGAAUUACAAGCUGCUACACAGGCAAAGAAGCUCUAUAGUAUGAAGGAGAAAGUAGGGCAGAUUUGCCAGGUUACCAGUGAUCUGUAUUAAGAUUUCUGUAGUUGCUGUAAUGGUGAGACACUAUGUACAGUUUGUACCGGACAUGGGUCAUGUUCUUUACUUGAGACAGACAUUAGGGUUUCUAAAACUGUUUUUCCCCAUGUUUCUGUUUUUGUGCAGGAUUAACCGUUAUAAAAUUAACUGUUUCUUAUUUCUGGAAUGUUACUGAUAGCAGAUGACAUCCUAUAAAGACAGAAAUGUGUCAGUAAAAAAUUCUACUUUUAAUGCUUAUUUGUCCUUAUAAGUCCAUACCUAGACUUUGAUAUAGAGGUUUCUUAGAGUUCUGUUCAUAACAUUUGUGGUUGCUUAGAUUCCUCGGAGCACCACUUUAAUUUGAACCAUGAAUGAACCACAGCUUCCAGUGCCUGCAUAACUCGGUCACUAAUCACACACUCCUUACGUCUCCUGGAGAUGUUUUACACUCCAGCAGGAAAUCAACCACCGCAAACUUUCCCACACUAUCCCAUUCCCCUUACUGACUACACUUUACUGUGCAAUUCCUAUGAAGGUAGCACUUUACACAGAAAUGGCCGUGUAGGUCCUUCUCCAUUUAUCUCAGAACCGUGUAUUUCCCGACACAUUAUUAAAAACCACCAAAGCCACUUGGUAUUAAAACCAUCAAAAGCUUGUGUAGUUGAGUAUUGAUAAUAGCCUGUGGUUAAGUAUAAGGAUGCUAGUCUUCUUAGUCCAGUUGCGGAGUCGUUGGCAGAGCAAAAUUGACAUUUUUUGGUCUGUUUGUUUAUUUGUUUGUACCUGGUUUGGUUUAGUUUCAUACUGCACAUAAUUAAACAAACCAAAAAGCAAAAAAAAAAAGUUGGGCUGUGCAGGGCUGUGUGUGGCUGAAAACAUACAUGUACAAUUCAUUUCUUAGUCAGAAAUGUACCAAUGAAAAAAGUGUGUGAAAUCACAUCAAUCAAUACAUAACUAGAUAAUUAUAUAAAUAACUAGUUCAACAUUUUGUGCCUCACCCCUGACAGUUAUUCCUACCUUUUUUUACAGAGCAUUUCUACAGCUCUGUUCUUUGGUUUAGUUUGUGCCUCACGGCUCUCGCAUCUAUUAAAAUGUCAAAAUGUAAUUUAGGUCAAUAGUUUGUUUUGGUCUUCACCUGAAUGUGAUUGCUGUGUUGUCACCUGCACAAAGAAACCGCAUCAGGUCUCGAUGGACUAAACGCUGCAUAUGUGAAAGCACCCCAAGAGACUUCUAGGUAGCAGGCGUUCAGUUAGUUUAAAUUGACAUGAUGCAACAUCAGUUCAUGAUUUAUUCAAAACAAUGUCGCAGUUCAGAUACCAGUAAGGUUUCAAGAGAGGUCUGUGUAGUGGUGUAGGUAGUAAGGACACAUCUAGAACGUACUACGAUUGACAUGAACACUAAUGCAUGCUAUUCUAUUCCUUCAUGCUUACCUGUAUUACUAUUGAAGUGGUGUGGAUGUUCAGUUUGUGGCAUCAUAUCAUCAACGAUUAUUUCUCAUGAGCAUGGUCCGAAAUCAUACAGCACUGUGGAUGCUCGUGCUAUCUGUAUGUGAAUUGCUACAGUGAAAAAUGGUGCGAUGACUCGUAUUCUGAAGGAGAAGAAGGGGAAGAUAUUUUGUUUACACGAUUUAGAAUUUGCCAUUUAAAAAAAAAAAGUAUUGGAGGUGGCAGUUGUAGGCAUUAUAUAAAUCUAAAUGUGGAAAAGAACAAUUUGGUUUUUAAACUGACUAAAAAAAACUUAUCAACUAAUUUAUUAGUUCUGCUGAAGGUGUACAGUAUUUGCAGAUAUACACUUUUGCCUCUUUCACAGUGGGAUUGUAUUUGGUUUUGCUGUAAGUAUAACCAGGCAUAAAUGUGCUGGCUUUGUGUACUUUAUUUUCUGUACAUUCCUAUAUUUCAUGUAUCUAUUGCUAUUUGUGUUAUUUAAAGCUGUGUGUACUGCAGAUUUGACAUUAUAGUUUAAAGGUAAAUAUUUUGUUACUUGUGCAGUGUCAUGCUCAUCUCAGUGAAGUAGACAGACAAUAUAACACUGACUUCUCUAUUUUUCCGGCUUAUUUGUAUUCUCUUGAAAAGUAAGAUAUUUAAUAAUUUAUGUCAGUAUAACUUAUAAUUGUGAUUACACUAGUGAAGUUGAUGAAUAGUUUACAUAUUAAAAGCCUAAAGUAAGAGCACUACACCUGUUAAAGCUGUGGCUAAGAAUAAAGCUUUUUCAUGUGAAACUGUCAAGUUUUCCUAUUUAUUGGACUGCACAAUAAAAGAGUCUGAAUGUGAAA